UGAACGGAGGCAGACAGGAGAGGAGAUCAGUGACCGGUCACAAAUGAUUUCACAAUUAAUAUGAGGAGAUUAUAAAACCAAGGACCUUAAACCUCUGGAUUCCCCCGCACUGGAUAUUUUCUUUUAUUGAGUCGUUUCGGAGUAAUUAUUUCUCUUUAAGGUUGAUCUUUUGCCAGUAACGGUCCUUUUUUUCCCCCACCCCAGCAAUCAUUAAAACCAUACCUGGCACAGGUCUCAUGUAGUCUGCCUUUCCUCGCUUCUGCAGAUAGCGAGCUCAAUAGAGAAUACCUCUUAGCUAUACAAAAAAAUGUGAUUCCUUGCGCUUCCCAUGAGGUAGCCAAGCCCAGUCGUUGGCAUCUGAAACAGCUGGGUCGUGUCGAGAAGAUUGUGGAUUAACGUUUUUUUUUUCUCCCCCCUCUCUUUUACCCGAAUAUCUCCAAGAAACCCCGGACGUCUGUUUUACAGUGGCUGCCAGCCAAAAUGAGCGUCGAUUUAAUUGUAUCAGCUACAUGAGUGGAGCCUAAACAAACGCAUCUUUCUCCCAAAGAGCGCACUGGUGUUUUUCUUUUUUUUCCAUAUCUGCUGAAAUAAACGGCGCCAGUUGCCCUGGAAAAUAUGGAAAGUGAGGUUUUCACCCCACUGCUGGAGCAGUUCAUGCUCACGCCUCUAGUCUGCUGGGUGAAGACAGUCGGGCAGCCGACGGUGGCCGACGGCACCAAAUUAUCGGAAUAUAUUGAAUUAGUGGAUGGGAUUUACCUGAACGAGAUCAUGCUUGAGAUAAAUCCCAAGGCCACUGUGCAGAGGACCAACAAGAAAGUGAACAAUGACCCCACGCUGCGCAUCCAGAAUCUUUCUAUUCUUAUCAGGCAGAUUAAAGCCUACUAUCAGGACAUUCUCCAGCAGCUGGUGAUGAUGCCUUUGCCAAAUGUGCUGGUUCUGGGCCGCAACCCUCUGUCUGAGCAAGGUCUGGAGGAGAUGAAAAAACUGUUGCUGCUGCUACUAGGCUGUGCUGUCCAGUGCGAGAAGAAGGAAGAGUACAUUGAGCGUAUCCAGACUCUGGAUUUUGACACCAAAGCUGCCAUCGCAUCCCACAUCCAAGAGGUGACUCAUAAUCCGGAGAAUGUAGUGGACCUACAGUGGUUGGAAAGUGGGGAAAUGCCUCCUGAGGACCUGGACAGCCUCUCCAGAAACCUGGCUUUCCACCUCAAACACCUGGUGGAUGAGAGGGACACACAGCUGGAGACUAUAGUGGAGUUAACCCAGGAGAGAGACUGUGUGCAGCUGUCUCCACUGGCUCCUUGUCCUACCCAGUCUCCCGGUGACUCCCCCAGUAUGAGGAGGACCGAAAGCAGGCAGCACCUCUCUGUGGAGUUGGCUGAUGCCAAGGCCAAGAUCAGACGCCUUCGACAGGAACUGGAGGAGAAGAGUGAGCAGCUUUUGGACACCAGGCAGGAGCUUGAGAACAUUGAAGUGGAGCUCAAAAGGCUUCAGCAAGAGAGCUACCAGUUGCUGUCGGACGCUCGCUCAGCUCGGGCCUACCGUGACGAGCUGGACGCACUGAGAGAGAAAGCAAUCCGUGUCGACAAACUGGAGAGCGAGCUGAGUCGAUACAAGGAGAGACUUCACGACAUUGAGUUUUACAAAGCCAGAGUCGAGGAGCUGAAGGAGGACAACCAGAUCCUUUUGGAAACUAAGGCCAUGUUGGAGGAGCAGCUGGAUGCUAGCCGGACCCGGUCUGACAAACUGCACCUCCUGGAGAAAGAGAAUCUGCAAGUUAAAUCCAAGAUUCAUGACCUGGAGAUGGAGCGGGACAUGGACCGUAAGCGCAUGGAGGAGCUGUUGGAGGAGAACCUUGUGCUUGAGAUGGCCCAGAAACAGAGCAUGGACGAGUCCCUGCACCUGGGCUGGGAACUGGAGCAACUAUCCAAGACACCAGAACUGACUGAAGCUCCGCAGAAAGUCUUGGGAGAAGAAGUGAAUGAAGGCUCGACCCUUCCCUGAUCCGCCUGUUGCCAGUGGAGAAAGAACAACCCAGACGCCUGCUGAAGACGUGGGGACUUUAGAAGGAAAAUAAGGGCAGCUGGUCAGGACUCUGUGGCAAAACUGGCCAAAGUCAGUCACGAAAACCAGAGACUGAACCAGAAAUUGGAGCAAUUGGGGAGUGAACUGGCAGCAGACAGAGAGUCACUCCGCAGCGCUGAGUCACUCAGUACUGAUUUGAUGAAAGAGAAGGCUUUGCUGGAGAAGACUCUGGAAACACUCAGAGAAAACUCUGAGAGACAGAUGAAGGGUCUGGAGCAGGAGAACAAGCACCUGGGCCAGACGGUGUCGUCUCUGCGUCAACGCUGCCAGGUUGGUGCUGAGGCCCGGGUCAAGGAUGUGGAGAAAGAGAAUCGCAUUUUGCACGAGUCAAUCUGCGAGACAACCGCCAAACUCAAUAAGUUGGAGUUUGAAAGGAAACAACUACGUAAAGAGCUUGAAGUAAUGAAGGAGAGAGGAGAGAGAGCAGAGGAGUUGGAGAUUCAGAUCCAGAAGCUGCAAAGAGACAACGAGAGCCUGCAGAAGAAAGUUGCCAGCCUUGGGAUCACCUGUGAAAAGGUGUCUUCUUUGGAGAAGGAGAACACUGAGCUGGAGGCAGAGGGCCGUCGUCUGAAGAAGAAGCUGGACGCUCUGAAAAACAUGGCCUUCCAGCUGGAGGCUCUGGAAAAGGAGAACUCCCAGCUGGAGCAGGAGAAUCUGCAGCUUCGGCGCUCGGCCGAAAGCCUCCGGUCAGCAGGGGCUAAGGCCGCUCAGCUGGAAGCGGAGAACAGGGAGCUGGAGAGUGAGAGGAGUCAGAUGAAGCGCAGCCUGGAACUGCUCAAAGCCUCGUCCAAGAAGACGGAGAGAUUGGAGAUGAGUUACCAGGGCCUAGAUACAGAGAACCAGCGCCUGCAGAAGGCCUUAGAGAACAGCAGCAAGAAGAUCCAGCAGUUGGAGGCAGAGGUGCAAGAGGUGGAGACGGAGAAUCAAACUCUACAACGCAACCUGGAGGAGCUCAAGAUCUCCAGUAAACGCCUGGAGCAGCUGGAGCAGGAGAACAAGACUCUGGAGCAGGAAAGCUCCCAGCUAGAGAAAGACAAGAAGCUUCUGGAGAAGGAGAACAAGCGGCUGAGGCAGCAGGCCGAAAUUCGCGACUCCAAGCUGGAUGACAACAACCAGCGGAUCUCCAGCUUAGAGAAAGAGAAUCGAACCAUGGGCAAGGAGAUGAUCUUCUUCAGGGACUCCUGCACAAGGGUCAAAGACCUGGAGAGAGAGAACAAGGAGCUGGUCAAACAGGCCACCAUUGAUAAGAAGACCCUCAUCACACUCAGAGAGGAGCUUGUGAGUGAGAAGCUGCGGACUCAGCAGAUGAAUAAUGAUCUGGAGAAACUGACCCAUGAGCUGGAGAAGAUUGGACUGAAUAAGGAAAGGCUGCUGCACGAUGAGAGCUCUGACGACAGGUUUAGACUCCUGGAAACCAAACUGGAGUCGACACUGAAAUCAUCUUUGGAGAUUAAAGAGGAGAAGAUCGCCGCCCUGGAGGCCAGACUGCAAGAGUCCUCAAACCUCAACCAGCAACUUCGCCAGGAGCUCAAGACGGUUAAGAAAAACUACGAGGCACUGCGUCAGAGGGAGGAGGAGGAGAGGAUGGUGCAAAGCUCGCCCCCUAGAGGAGGGGAGGACCCUCAGGCUGUCAACAAAUGGGAGAAAGAGAGUCAUGAAACUACCAGGGAACUGCUGAAAGUCAAAGACAGACUCAUUGAGGUGGAGAGGAAUAAUGCCACGCUGCAGGCUGAGAAGGCAGCCCUGAGGAGCCAGCUCAAACAACUGGAAACUCAAAGCUCCAACCUGCAGGCUCAGAUAGUGGCCGUGCAGAGGCAGACUGCUUCUUUACAGGAGAACAAUACAACACUACAGACACAGAACGCCAAGCUCCAGGUGGAGAACUCCACUCUGAGUUCACAGAGCGCAGCCCUCAUGGCUCAGAACGCCCAGCUGCAGACCCAGCAGAGCAGCGUGGAAGGAGAGCGCGAGGGAGCUCUGAAGGAGAAAGAGGAGCUAAGGGCCACCUAUGAGCUGCUCCUCCGUGAUCACGAGAAGCUGGCGGCGCUCCACGAGAGGCAGGCAGUCGAGUAUGAAGCCCUGAUCGGAAAACACGGGGGCCUGAAGACCUCCCACAAGAGCCUGGAGCAGCAGCACAGGGACCUGGAGGACAAGUACAAGCAGCUCCUGCAGAGGAAGGGGGAGCUGGAAGAGUUGGAGAAAAAUCUGAAGGAGCAGCAGGAAAAAAUGGUGCUGGAGAACCAAUCGCAUCAAGCCACAGCUGACCAGUGCAAACUACUCAAAGAGGAAAAUGAUAGACUGAAUACUACCUAUCGUCAGCUGGUGAAGGACAACGACAAUCUCCAGGUGGACCAUAAGAAUGUAAAGAGCCAGCUGAACAGCGCCAAGCUGGACCAGACCAAGCUGGAGGCCGAAUUCUCUAAACUGAAGGAGCAGUACCAGCAGCUGGACAUAACCUCCACCAAGCUCACCAACCAGUGUGAGUUAUUGAGCCAGCUGAAAGGAAACCUGGAGGAGGAAAAUCGUCACCUGUUGGACCAAAUCCAAACUCUGAUGCUGCAGAAUCGCACACUGCUGGAGCAGACCAUGGAGAGCAAGGACCUGUUCCACGUAGAGCAAAGACAAUACAUAGAUAAGCUGAAUGAGCUGAGGAGACAGAAGGAGAAGCUGGAGGAGAAGAUCAUGGACCAGUACAAGUUCUACGACCCCUCACCUCCACGCAGGCGCGGCAACUGGAUCACUUUAAAGAUGAAGAAGUUGAUCAAGCCCAAGAGCCGGGAGAGGAUGCGCUCUCUCACACUGACUCCCUCUCGUUCAGAGUAUGGCGACGGGUUCCUAACCUUUCCCCAGGAUAGCCAGGACAGCUCGUCCAUCGGCUCUGGCUCCAACUCGUUGGAUGACACACUUACACAAAAGAGGAGCAGCAGGAGGAGAGGGCAGCAGUCCCAUGCCCAAGGGCAGGGUUCCACCAAUGCUAUAAAAAGGUUGCCUUUCAUGAGGAACAGAUCCAAGGACAAAGACAAGGCCAAGGCCAUCUACCGCCGCUCCAUGUCAAUGAAUGACUUGCUGCAGACCAUGGCGAUAGCGGGCGGCCCCGGGGCUCAGUGGGCGAGCAGCAUCGAGAACCUAGACGGCGUCGAGGCCGGAGAGGGCAGAGGCAGGCGCAGCGGGCAGCGCAUGAAGGAGCUUGCCUUUUCCACCAACGCCAUUGACUGCGCCGCCCUCACCCUGCCCACUGCAGGGCACAGCAGGGCCAAACUCCGGCUUCAGGUCAAAGAUAAUGCUUCCUGUGAGGAUGUCGCCGGCUCCUUAGAUGACCCUAAGAGUCAAGUCUGGCAGUCAGGAGAACCUCACUGUAGACUCUCCUCGCCUCUCCACUUCUUCCGAGCAUGUGCAGAAAGAACGCACUUCCACAAAAGGCCGGGGCAUAUUGCGCUCCGCCAGUGGGAAAGCGGCCCCGGUCAGCUCUGAUCGCCCGCCUAGAUCCGCUGGACAGCCGGGUCGCCCGACCCUGCGUAAGGCAGAGAGCACCCGUGUGAGGGGCUCCGUCCCACUCCGCUCCAGCCUGUCCUCGCAGGGCAAAGCCACAUCCGUCUCCGAACGCCUGGACUCUUCCUCUUCCACACUGCCCCGGGCCAGCAGCGUCAUCUCCACCGCCGAGGGCACCACGCGGCGCACCAGCAUCCACGACCUGCUCUCAAAAGACAACCGUCAGCCCGUGUCCGUCGACGUUGCUCCUCCCGUCGCAUCCACCAAGGCUGGGGUACGCUCCCAGCCUACACCCAGUGAGUACCACCCAAACAGCACCAACCUAAAGGCACCCCUUACCACCACCACCCUGCCCAAGUCACUCAGCUUACCUUGCCAUAGCUUGGAAGAUCCUGACCUCUCCACCCUCGAGUCGUUCCUCGGCCCUUCCUUCACUGUAGAGUCUGUGUUCAUGGACUCCAUCUUUAGUGAGUCAGCGAGCAAAAACCUACCCUUCCUGUCUCUAAACCCCACACUAGUCAGCAACAUCAGCGGGCCUCCUGUUACAAAUAAAACGCACCCUCCUCCUAUCCCGACCCACAUUUCCACCCAAAACCAGGCCCCUCACAGCCACUCAAAUGGCCAGACAAGCCCAGCCAGUCUGAAAGAGUAUAACAAGGGCGUUGAUCCCAAUCGUGUGAGUAAUUCCGACCAGUCACUGAGUGCAGAGGAGAAGCAGUCUCUGUGGUAUGAGUACGGGUGUGUGUGAAUGACGAGGAGGUUCUGGCUUGCUGAUCUUUUCUGCCAGACGUGACUUAAAGAGGGGAGAAAAAUGGGAUGAAUGCCAAAUCGUCCUCCUCUGCAUGUAUUUAUCAGAGCACUAUCUAUUUCUGUGUGGUGUAUUUGUUUCAUUCUUUUCUGUUUGCCAUGGUGCCGAUCGGUGAAACGCUGUUGUUUUUUCUUUAUUUUUCUGUUCUUUUCUCUGAGGUGGGACUUUGAUGAAUGUUCUUCCGUCCAGUAGCCUUUUACCAUAUUAUUGUUUCCUCAUCAAAUCUGUUUCACUGGCUAACAUUAUACUAUUAUCUGCAAUGUGGGGUUUAUGCAUCACAGGCUCAAUAUUUCUGUUUAUAGCUUGAAUCGUAAAUUAGCAGCGAGUACAAAUGUUUGAGAUUCAUCGGUCACCAGGAUCCAUUAAAAAAAGCAUUAAUUGUGGGACAGAUUUGUAGCAGCAAUUUCUUAAUUACAAAUCCAAAUAAAAAAUGUUUAAUGUGUCAGAUAAUAGAUUCACUUUCCACUCUCUAUGUAUUAUGAUGUUUCAGUGUAUGGGGGACUUUUCACUGCUUUUAACUCAGUUGCAUCAUCCACUAAAUUGCACGGCUUUGUUCUGUCUGACCUGAAACACUCAUUUUGAUUGCUGUGAUCAAAAUGGUCAUCAUGUUUAUCUUUUUUUAUUAUUAUUAUUAAUGGUGUGUACUGUUUGUUUUUGUACAUUUGACACCUUUUCUGUGUUUUCUGUUCUGUAUAUUAACUGGGGCAUUUGCUCUGGUGGGUCUUAACAGACCUUUGGGCUGGUGACAAAAUGAUGAAGCUUCAUUCCUAAAACGAUCUGAGGGGAAGGUGCAGUUGGUUAUGUGAAAGUUGACAGUGAAGGUAGUGGAGGAUGAUAGCCCUUGAUGGAGUUAGUAAAACAGGAAGUAGUAAGUUGAGAAUAGUUUUCAGUGGUCAGAUUGUUUUGUGAAGGAAGCUAACAUCAUUUCUUUUGGUAUCUGGAAACCUUUACUCACCCUGACUCACCAUAAUUUGAAAGUGGAUAAUAUUUGAUUAUGUAAUUUAGACUGACAAGAUCUUGUACAGAUUGUUGUAAUCAUUAAGUUAUAAUCAAAGACGAGCACUGCUUUAUGUGCCAAUACUAAUAGUACUGUCUGCCUCUAGAUUCUUAUUUAUUUCUGCCUUUAUACUUGCUGUUUUUGAAGUUGCUUUAUUGUAUUUAUCCUAAUCUACAGUAUAUGCAGGUAUAAAGUCAAUGAAAAUGUUCUUGUCGCUGACUACAGAUGUAACAUAAACAUUGCCUUUGUCCUACAGAUGUGGAGGGCAGAAAGUCUAAAAGCAGGAGCGGGGAGCCGCAGCAAAGCUGCUAAACCCCGCCCCCACCACCCUCGUCUGUCUGCUACCAUGCUGUGAGCGCGUGGUGAGUGAGUGCUGCUCGAGCGGGAGGAAUAGGGAUCGGUGGGGGUGGGGGUGGGGGUGGGGGUUUCGGUCUUGUCUCCAUGGGAACCUAAAACAUGGUGUAACAGAUGUCGUCCAUCCUGUCAAGCACUUGCUUCCCCUGCUUCUGUAAGCCUCCCACCCCCUUCCUCACUGUACUGUUUGUUGCCCCACCGUCCCUGUGGUGCCAAACGCCUGUUCAGAGUCUGAUGGGACCCUGGUCUGCAUGGCAUAUGGGCCGUUUUACAACGUUGCUCUCAGUGGACGAACAUGUUGCCUGUUUGUGUCCCCAAAUCACCUAACGAGGAGUUCUACAACUCCAGGGCCUCAACGUAUCCCUCCUUCAUGAUGCUUCUUGUGUUGUCGGUUAAGGUGACUGUUUCCCGCUGGUGGACAAAAAAUAGGCCCUUUGCUGUUUCAGGCUGCUUGUUGUUGCUGCAUGGCUUCAGUGUAGCGCUGAAAUCCUUCCCCCUUCUUGUUCCCUUGACAAUGCAUGUGAAUCCAGGCUGGCUGCUUCCUUCUGUCUUCUCUUAUAUAUCACUGUCUACUGAAACAGUUUCUGACUUUUAACUGUCUUUUUUUUCUCUUUUGUAUUUUCUGUGUUGUGUUCUCUUUUUUGUUUUUUUUCAACUUUGCCUCUUUACUUUCUAAUCUGUCUCCUUCUCUUUCUUUUCUUGCUCUUUCCACUCCUCUUUGCUUGCCUGGGACUCAGAGAGAAAGGUGGCCUUGGAGCUGUGUGUCUGAAGCCUAGUAGAGUUAAUCUGCUGAGACCGUCUACAGUGAGAAAAGAUUGUAUAUCCCAGUUUCCUUUUUCUUCCCUUUUUUUUUUUUUUUUUUUUGUUUCAAACCCAGGACACUUCAGUAGAGAAAAGUGGCUUCCUUCUCUGUUUUGUUUUUCUUCCUUGAAUCAAGGAAAACAGAAAAAUAUUAGAAAAUGUUGCUGUGACAGUUUUUUUUUUUUUCUAUAAAGACUAAAGCUGUGGCAGAUUGCACUGCCAUGUUUCCUUCAGUGUGAUGGACUGCUAGAUGUGCACUAGUCUCUACGGGCUAAGAUUAAAGUGCCAAUGUUCACACGACAGCCAAAAGGGAGAUCUUAAAUCAGACUGAUGACACCAUUUUGGUUCUUUUUUGCAACUUCAAAGUCAGCCGGACCUUCUUCUGCCCAACGCCAUGAUCAACAACAAUGAGUCUUUUUGUAAAUGUGCAGCAUGCACAAGCAAAGGCGACGUUCAGGCUUGUACAAAACAUUUUUCAAAGCAUGUCGGCACCAAACAUUUCCAACUUAACCUGCUAUCAGACUGAAGAAUCACAAUCUGCAUGGAGCAAUCAAUCAGCCAAUCACCCCACUUCCUUUAUCCAAUCAAAGAGGGAGGACAGAGUUCAGUGGGGAUUUUUCUUGCCAGGAUGCCAAAUGGACUUGGACAGGAGCCAUGACAGCUGUGUGAUUGGCAUCUGGUGCGUGCCAAUCGUGAGUGAAGGUUGUGUGAUCUGAGAGUGAGACUAAUCAUGGGAGUGUUCCAGGUCACCUAUAUAAAGGUUGGCAGCCACCCCGAAACAAAGCCUACACACUGUUCUUAUCUUAAAAAAAUAUAUCAUCGUUGAUCUCAUUUAUUGCUUCCCAUCCUCCUCUGAAAUGGAAAGUAACAGUAAAAGCACAGUUCAUUAACAUCAUACCAUCACAGUAUUGUGUAUGUACGUUCUGAGAAGGAACUCGGUAAGGAACUGUUUAUAAAUAUGACUUGAGUAUAGGUGACCUGUAAUCUGCCCAGUGCAUACAGAACGUGCAGAUUUCUGUUGCUGUGUUGAACAUGAUGGUGAUGACGAGACCCAUUGUUUUCUUCCUUUUCCACUUUUACAUAAAUCCAUUUGAUGUAAUUAAAAUUCAUCAAGACUA